AUGGAGAUGGUGCAGCAAUAUCCUGAAAACCCCAUUGCCGAAAUACUGGACAAAGUCUACGAAGAAACAGGAUCGCAAUAUGCGUGCUCGACUCUGCACUAUUAUUUGAAGAGGAAUGGCAUAACUCGAAAGAAGGUUGGUAAAUAUGCAAGGGGGCAAGGCAUAAUUCAAUAUUAUUUUUAAAAUGAAUCCCACGAAAAUACUUGCAAACUAACAGCAUCGUACAAUCCGACUUUUAAUUACAGCUUACCAGAAUUGCACAACAGAGAUCUGAAGAUGCAAGAGCAGAAUUUCGUGCUUCAACAUGUUUACUUCCCCCAGAAAUAUUCGUUUUCUUAGACGAAAGUGGCUUUGUAAGUUUAGCGACAUUUGCAUUUUUUAUGGGCAAUAAUUUCAACAUGCGGUUAACGGAUAUAUUAAUGCUGUCUUAG